GACCUGUACAAGUGUAGGUGUGUGUGUGAGAUGGAUAUUAUUGGGUUUGAAUGGUUUCACCGUCAAACAAAAGGACGGAUUCAGCUCUGCUGUUACAAAGCAAGUUUCAGGAAAUCAGUCCUUCUCUUCACGAUGAGCUCACAUCUGUCAGCGUAACAUCUGGGAUCCCUGCCUUCAUUAUAAUGGUUCUGCACUUACUAUCAUAUCAUGCUGCAUCCUUUCCAAUAAGCACACUGUAUCUGUUUCUGCUUCAUAAAAUGUUUAAUGCAAAUCCAUCCACGUCACUAGUGUGUGUUUUUAUUCCGUAUCUGGCCCUGCAGGCGUGUUUUUUAAACUGCUCUAACAUGACAACGUCUGUCAGAGUGAAUGUUGGUUUCAGAUUGAAACUAGAGGUCUGUGCAUGAUAACCUGAACAGCUGAUCAGAGGUAUUCCUUUGGUUUCUGGUCCAGAGAAGAACGUGUUAAAGCUUGAAUUUACAGGACCAAUCUGAACACCACCUGAAAAUAUGUUAAAUGUUUCCCUGUAACAGAGAGUUGCAGGAUCCUCACAUCGUCACCAUGAAUUCCUCCUCUUACAACUUUAAUGUGACGAGUUAUCGAGACUCUCAGGGCACAGUUGUGGCCAAGAAUGUGUUCCUUCUGGCUCUUGGUCUGACCAUCAACUACAUCAACUGCACACUGAUUCACACCUUCAGGAAGCACCAGAUAUUGUACCUGAAUCCUCGUUACAUCUUAUUCAUCCACCUGGUGUUGAACGAUAUGAUCCAGCUCACUGCAACAAUCAGCCUGUUUUUCUUUAGUUACGUCUUCUACGAGAUCCAAGCGACGCUCUGUUGCCUCAUCGUCUCCCUUGCCAUCUGCACCACCCUCAACACGCCAUUGAAUUUAGCUGCCAUGGCGGUGGAGUGCUACAUCGCCGUCUGUCUACCGCUGCGACAUGCGGAGCUCUGCACCAUCAGAAGAACAUACAUUCUCAUAGGUUGGAUUUGGGCCAUGAACAUAGUUUCUGCUCUGUCAGAUGUGUUUAUCGUUCUGGCAACACAGCCUCUACAGUUAUUUCAUUCUACUAUUUUCUGUGAGUGGAACAACCUGUUCCGACACCCUGUCAGUGUAAAGAAGAGGGAGGUGUCCUACAUUAUCUACCUGAUUGGUGUUUGGUUCACGCUCCUCUACGCGUACUUCAAGAUCUUCCUUGCUGCUGAAGCUGCUAAAGGGAGUAAAUCAGGGGAUGGAGAUGCAAAGAAGGCAAGUAAAACCAUCCUGCUCCAUGGCUUUCAGCUGCUGCUGUGCAUGCUCACCUAUUUAGCCCACGUUAUAAGGAAUGCCCUGUUGAACUUGUUCCCCAAACAUUUUGUACACGUGUUCUUUGUUUCUUAUAUCAUCAUUCAGGUGUUACCCAGAUUUAUCAGUCCGAUGGUUUAUGGGCUACGAGACAAGACGUUCAGACAGCACCUGAAAAAGCACCUGAUAUGUAAACUGAGAUCAACCAUCACACCGUGGUGAAGUUCAUGUUGCUGUGCAGACACAUUUUAAACAAAGACUGAGAAGAUGAGAACAAAUACAUUCUGACUUUAUAACGUCAGGAAACAUUCAGGAGUUUCUGUCUCAGUCUCUAGUUUCAAGUCUUCUUCAAACAGCUGAUGUUCAUUUAGUGAAUUAUGAUCAUUU